AUGGAUUCUGCCCGCGACAACGGCAGAAGUGACUUUGAGAUUUUUAAUGACCCAGACGCGGCUCCAGCACCGGAGCGCGAUGUACAUGAGAUUGAAGAUAGUAUUGCAAGUUAUAUCGCCUCCACCACACCGAAAGACCUAUUCCCGCAUCGUCCAGGUUCGGCGGUUGAUUUCCUUGCUGCUCAAGUUACGCUUUGCACGAGAACGGACCCUGAUGGUGACUGA